AUGCAGGCGACAAAGAUCGAGAUGGCCACGAAGAGCGAGAUGAGGGCCCUGGCAAAAGCUUUGCAGGGCAAGAUCGGCAAGGAGGAGGAGAAUGCCAAAAUGCUCAGCCAGCUGGUGGCUUCCCAAGAGGCCCUCAAGGAGAUGACGAACCAUGAGCUGCAGGGCAAACUGCAGUCCUUCCAGCUGCAGGUGCAGGAGAAACAAUUGGAGCUUGAGACCGUGACGCAGGCGUUGCAGUCAACGGUGGAAGGUCUACAGAAGCAGGAAGAGCGGGCCAGACGAAUGGACGAGUUCCAAGAAGCGCAGCGCGCGCACGAGCAGGAGCUGAAGCGCUUGAGAGAAGACCUGGAGGAAGCCAAGAUCCAGAUCGAUGGCCUCGAAUCGAAGCUCCUUGCUGCCCAGAGCAAGGCAAGUGACCAAGAGUGCGAGCUCAAGGAAACUUCGUCCACAUUGCAGCGACUGCAGGCCACAAACCGCGAGCUUGAGUCCAAACUGCAGUCCUCCGAGUCACAGGUGCACGAGCAGCAAACGGAGCUUGCUACCGUGACGCAGGCGCGCGAGGCGUUGCAGUCGAAGGUGGAAGCCUUACAGAAGCAGAUGAAAGAAAGCCAAGAGGAGCUCAAGGACAUGGCGAACGACUUCAAGGAGUCGAAGAUCCAAGCAGCGAAGCUCCGUGGUCCCAAAAGCAAGGCUGGCAAUGCUGGAAAGGCUGGAAAGCCUGGACUUCAGUCUCCGCCACCGCAAAAACGGAAAGGUGAACCUUUGGCCUGCGAACGCGUGUCGAGUCCGCGGAUUUCCUCUCCAGAUUCGGCAGACCCAGAGAGAGGUCAAAACGAAGCUUCCGACUUCGGCAUGGACGGCACUUAUCCUCCUGAGUACACGCUCCGAUUCCAUGACCCGAAGACGGGUCGGUCACUACCGGUACAUGGGCCCGAGUAUGCCGCGAAAAUUCGAGCUCUCAUUGACAAAGACCUGUCGCCAAGAAUCAACCGAGAGCUUGAAGCUCUAGUGCAAAGAGUGGGUUGA